AUAUGUAGCAGCUGCUCUCACUUACUACUUUUCUGAGUAGUUCAAGGGUAAGGUUGUGACGCGGUGAAAUUAAAAAAACAUACUCAGAUUGCUGAUUUUCAAAUUUUUCAUUAUUGUACAACGUGUUCGUAGGGCUAAACUGAUUGCUAAAAGAGAAGCCGUACCUACAUAAAUGUUCCUUUUUUUUCAUUAAAACUACAAAAAAAUAGAUAUGUUUCUAUUAUAAACUUUUUAAAAAUAUCCAAUAAUUUUUACAUUUGGUCGGGUUAUAAAGCGCUUUACGUUCGGUCAGCGCCAUUUUGUUAAGGCCGCUGAGUGAUGCAAGAAUCGCUGGUGUUUGCAUUAGAUAACGUGUCCAUAAAUUAUUAAUUGAGUAAAUAUUCAUUGAUUUCUACACAGAAAAAUAGGUACUACAAAUGAGUGCUCAAGAUGUCGAGUAUCUUGAAACAGAGGAGGUGUAUAUGCAACUCAAUCAGUCCGAAGUUACAGGAACAGAUGUUGGUGAUGAUCAAGAUGACCACUGGGACAAUAAUAGUACCAAAACACUUUUAGAUUUAUAUUUACAAAAUUUGGACAAAUUUCGCAGUUCAAAAGUAAAGAAGAAGACUGUCUGGGCAGAAAUAGCACAUGCGGUAGGAAAUAGCCCCGAGAGCUGUGAUAAAAAGUUCCGAAAUCUAAAACAAACAUAUGUAAGACUUUUGAAGAGACGAAAUAGAAAUGAGGUUGUUAUGAUAAAAUGGCCUUAUUUUGAAAUAUUUGAACAAAUCUACAGUGAGAAUGGGGAGUAUAGACCAGAUAUACAAGUAAAAAUUCAGGACAAUGCAACUGAAACUGUCACUAAGGCUAUAUUGUCUAUGGCUGAACCAUCGAAAUUUGAACAGGAACCCGAUAUGGGUGAAAGCUCAAAUGGUCAAAGCGAGGAGUCUAAAAGGAAAUUAAAUAGGCGAAGAUAUACUGAUUUCCGUAAGGUAGCACUAGAAAUGAGAAACAGGCAGAGGACAGUUGAAGAGAAGUUAGAUAAAUUAAUAAAUAUAGUACAAGAAUCAAAUAACAUACAAAGAGAACGGAAUAUAUUGUUUCAACAAUUUUUGAAUAGUUUAAAUCAAACUUGAUACAUUAAAAUAAUUAAAAUAUUGACCAAAUUUAAGAAGAAUUAUUAUAAAGUAUUUGACUUUUUAAGACAUGAACACAUGUUAUUACAAUCUGACAAAUAUAUUUUUAAAGGUUUGAA